GAAUUUCUAUAGUUAUAAACUUUUAAGAGAGAGAGUUCGAAGUUGAAGAGAUACAGAGUUUAUUUCUUUGUUUAUUCUAUUUUACCUUUAUUUAAGUUUAGUAUUAUCUUUUCAUAGUUGGCAGUUGUUCUUCGCAUUUUAUCAGAGGCUGGAAAGUCUCUUAAUCUUCUAAAAUGGCCUACAUAGUAGACUUAAGAUCGGAUUGCGUAACGAAACCAACUAAAUCAAUGAAGCAUGCUAUGGUUAAUUCAGCAUUGGGAGAUGAUGUAUUUGGAGAAGAUCAAACUGUAAACAUGUUGGAGAGCAAAGUAGCAAGUCUUUUAGGAAAACAGGCUGCUUUGUAUGUGCCCAGUGGAACUAUGUCAAACUUACUUGCUGUAAUGGUGCAUUGCAAAAAGCGAGGCUCAGAGGCUAUUGUAGGAAAUCUCUCACAUAUUUAUAAAUACGAACAAGGAGGUGCAGCCCAUCUAGCUGGUGUUUUGCUCAGUACAAUACGAAACAAACCAGAUGGCACCUUUGACCUAUGCGAGCUUGAAAAGAAAUUUCGUGGUGAUGACAUCCAUGAACCAAUCACAUCAUUGGUUGCAAUUGAAAACACACAUAAUAGCUGCGGUGGAAAGGUGCUUCCCUUAGAAUGGGUCGACGAGUUAUCAGAAAUAUGCAAGAAACAUUCCAUCCCGUUGCACAUGGAUGGAGCGAGAAUGAUGAAUGCCAGUAUAGCAUUAAAGGAACCACCUUCGAGGCUGGUUCAGGGAUGUGACAGCAUCUCCAUCUGCUUCAGCAAAGGCCUCUCUGCUCCGGUUGGAUCAUGCCUAGUCGGUUCUUAUCAUUUUAUCGAACAAGCUCGCCGCCUCCGCAAGAUGCUUGGGGGAGGAAUGCGGCAAGCGGGGGUUAUAGCCGCAGCUGCGGUGGUCGCUUUAGACGAGGUCACGCCGCUCUUGGAGUUCGACCACAAGCGAGCGCAGAUAUUGGCUAAGACUAUUCACGGCCUGCAACUGAAGAAUUUCUCAGUGGAUGUGUCAGGAGUCCAUACAAACAUUGUCAUGGUGAAUAUAUCUGAGGAUAUUCUGCUUCGAGCUGAACAACUAGUGCAGAGGUUGCAGCAGGUUGCCUUGGAUGAGACGCAGGGCGACUGCAAAACAUCGAACGACGAAGGCGUUAUUGUAAAGGCUGUGAGUUUUUCUGAUAAAAUAAUGCGGUUAUGUUUGCAUGCGGACAUUACUGAUGAAGAAUUGUGGAUGGCUAUCAUGAAGAUUACUUUUGUCUUUAAACAGUUGGACACACAUUACAGCACUAAGUAGGUUUAUGAGCAAGCAGUUAAGUUCACUAGUUCACGGACAAUAAUUGCUCUCUCUCUCUGCUUAUGUAUGUUUAAUUACUAUUUUUAUAUGUAUCCAUGAAAAAGAAUAAAAUAUUUCCAGACAAAUAUAUUUACAAAGCAUAUAGCUAGUAACUGUUAACUAAUACGAAAAUCUACUGUGACAAGUUGCAAUUGCUUUAUUUUGAAUAUCUUGACACAUUGGUUUAAUUGUGGCAUUAAUAACUCGAAUAUUGAACUAAAUACUUUAUUGACAUACAUUUUCAAUAAUAAUCUGAAAUGCUUAAGUAAGUUCUAUCAUUACAUAUACCAAUUGGCGGAAUAAUAAUGUAAAUGAUCUAUCUACACAAAGCACUUACUUAAGCAUUUGCAGUAGAAUCAAAGGACUGACAGAACAAAUACUUUUGUAUUACAAAAUAUACUAAUAUAUAAAAAACAUUUAUUAGUCCUUAUAAACAAUUACUAUAAUCCCAUGACAACAAUAUGUUUAGAAUUAAAUAAAAAUUGUUACAUAUUUUUGUGAAUUAUGUUUUGUCUAUAGAUGUCAUUGUUGUGAUGUAUAUAUUUGUUAUGAUUAAUAUGUUCAAUAAAUUUUGUUAUGCA